CUUCAAACAAAAGCGCGAAACGCUUUCACCUCUUCAUUCAUCCGUGUGGAUCGCGGCUCUGUGCAGUUUCAUCUCAGAGAAAAACAAGAGCGGGCGAGAGAAGGAUUUUCAUCGGAAACCUCAGACAUUGAUCGGCUCCUGGAUGAACAGAAACGUAUUGAUCUGUCACUGGUACACCUGGAAGCACUGACCAUCACAUAGCAGGCAUGUCCCGAAGGAAGCAAAGCAACCCAAGGCAGAUCAAACGGACAUUAGAAGAUGCCUUGGAGGAUGAAGAAGAAGAGUGCCUGUCUGAGGAAAAUUACAUCAUCACGAAAGAAGAAUUCUCAGUGGAGAACUUUUCCACAGACUUUGAACCAGAGAACUUAAGCUGUGAAGACAUGGAAUAUUUCUGCAACAAAGGUGAUGAAGACUGCAGUCAGGGAGCAAUGGAGUCAGAUGGCGAUGGGCAGUCUGAGAAAACUGUGCAGCCCACUUUGGAUACUGAGGAUUGGGAUGGCCCAGGAGAGCUGGAAGUUUUCGAGAAAGACGGAGAACGCAGAAUUCACUGUCGACAGCAGCUACCUGUUGGAACAACCUGGGGGCCUUUUGAUGGCAAGAUAGAAAUGAGCACUAAUAGCAAUGCAUUGAAGACGAAGUGUUCAGUCCCAGUGGUGCUGAAUACUGGCCCCAGGUGGCUGCUGGAUGUGACUUGGCAAGGAGCAGAAGACAACAAAAACAACUGUGUUGUGUACAGCAAAGGUGGUCAACUUUGGUGCACUACAACAAAAAACAUCAUGGACGGCGUGGAGUUGGUUGCAUUUGCUGUAGAUUUUGACUCAAGGCUACAAGCUGUCAGCCAUAUGUCCCUGACAGAGGGAAUGUACCCUGCACGCCUCCUGGACACAAUACAGCUGCUCCCUCAACAGGCUGCCAUGGCAUCCAUUCUUCCCACUGCCAUUGUCAACAAAGACAUCUUUCCUUGCAAGGCAUGUGGAAUCUGGUACAGAAGUGAGCGGAACCUACAGGCUCAUCUUAUGUAUUACUGCAGUGGUAGACAAAGAGAACAAGAGGCAGUGGCAGAGGAAAAUGAAAAUGGUCCCCAUCAAGUACCAAGCAUCUGCCCUUUCCCACAAUGCAACAAGAGCUUCAGUGGUGCGCGAGCUCUUGAAAUGCACUUAACAACUCAUAGCAGUAUCAAAAUGGAAGAGACUCUCCCUCCUGGCGCCAGCUUGAAAUGCACAAUCUGUAACUACACAGCAGACUCCCUUAUUACAUUCCAACACCACAUCCUCUCUCACCUGUCUCAGGCUGCCUUCAGAUGCAAUCACUGCCAUAUCAGCUUCCAAAACCACAGGGAACUCCUGCAGCAUCAGGAGUUACAUGGACAUGGCAGCAAAAUUCACAGAGAUUACGACAGUGAACACUCCCCGAGGGGCAGCGAAGAAAACCUGCAGCAGGCAAGAUCGGACAUGGUAAACAGGAAGGAUGCCCUCCAGAGCCCCAAAAGUACACAAAGCAAGGAAGUGAACUCUGACCCAGAGCUAGAAAAGUCUGAAAAGAAACUGUCAACUCAGAAGAAUGAAGCACAUCCUGGAAACAAGUCAAACUUUUCAUACACAAGAAUCAAAUCAGAGCCAUCAAGCCCAAGGCUCGCCUCAUCUCCGGUCCAACCCAGUUUGGGCCCUACGUUCCCCAUGGGUCCAUUCCUUUCUCAGUUUGCUUUCUCCCAGGAUAUCUCUGUGGUUCCUCAAGCUUCAGAGAUACUAGCUAAAAUGUCCGAACUGGUCCAUCGUAGAUUAAGGCACGGUGGAGGCACCUACCCUCCUGUCAUCUACAGCCCUCUCAUGCCAAAAGGGGCUACCUGUUUUGAAUGCAAUAUCACUUUCAACAACUUAGACAACUAUUUGGUCCAUAAGAAGCACUACUGCAACAGCCGUUGGCAACACAUAGCCAAGUCACCUGAUUUCUCCGGUGUCUCAGAGAAGGUGUCUGAGGCUGUAAGUCCUAAUAGUGGCCACAGUUCUGUGAAUAUACUCAGUGCUGUGUGCCACCCUUCAGAUCCUGACAGCCACCUCAUUCAAUCAGCCUGCUUGAACUCAUCAGUUUUAGACAUGAUCAACUCCAGCAGCAAAGGGCCUGAAAAAGAACUUACUACGCCAACUAAAAAAGUGUCAACUCCGACCGGCAAUGAUGAGAGGCUUAAUGGAAAACCAAUGGACGUAAAAAGUCCCAGCACUUCUAUUAGUGAAACUGAAAAUGAUCCAAACAAGAAUAUGUGUGCUGCAUGUAAUAUAACCUUCAGUCGCCGUGAAACAUAUAUGGUCCACAAGCAGUACUACUGUGCUAGUCGCCAUGACCCUCCUAUGAAGCGUGUUUCUGCGAACAAAGUGCCUGCGAUGCAGAGGACUAUGCGCACUCGCAAGCGCAGGAAGAUGUAUGAGAUGUGUCUCCCGGAUCAGGAGCAAAGGCCACUACUGGGACAGACAGGCUUUCUGGGCAUACCAACAUUGGGAAGCCCUUGCACUUCUCAAGAAGUGGUUGAGAACCUUGGCGAUCGAUUCCAUCCUAGAUGUGAUGUGUUUCCUGGGAUGGUGCCGAAGCAUAUUGAAACCUCUCUCACGGUUACGAAAGCUGCUCUGGCAACCAAAGGCAAUACACUAGAUCACCAGGACCUGGAUGCUCCCAUAGAUCUCAGCAAAAAAUCCUGCCCUCAUCCAGACAACACAUGCAGUUCUCCAAAAAGGCUUUUAGACUACCACGAAUGUGGAGUCUGCAAGAUCAGUUUUAACAAAGUUGAGAACUACCUUGCACAUAAACAGAAUUUCUGUCCCGUUACAGCUCACCAACUCAGUGAGAUUGGCACCAUGGACCGAACAGUAUUUCAGGACAUAAAAAGUGAAGGCAAUACUACCGAUGACAGCUAUGAAAAGAGUCCUGUCAAAUGUGAGAAAAAUGGGAAUGCCAAGCUGAUUACUCAAAACGGUAACAUGUUUUCAGCACACUUAGGGACCUUACCCGGGCUCAAAGCCUUUGGUGAGGCUGCGCAGCUGAUUUCCACAAAAGAAGAGAAUAAGAGUUUGUUUCUGCCACAUUGCCUUUAUCCUGGAGCAAUAAAGAAACUUAAAGGGGCUGAGCAAAUAUCGCCGUACUAUGGGAUAAAGCCAAGCGAUUACAUCACAGGUAGUCUAGUGGUGCAGAGUGAAAUUAGUGACAUGGAUCAGAGCACAAGUGAAGGAAAUGACACUCCUAAAGACCUACCAGCCCCAAACGGUUGCCCCCAUCUGAACAAAGAGCCUUUGCCAUUGUUGCCUAAAAACAGAGGCAUGGUAAUAGUUAAUGGUGGACAUAAACCAGAGGACAGGUCAGUCACAGUUAACUUGCAGCAGGAUAACCUCUCCCAUAAUUCCCAGCAACAAGACAGUCAUCCGUCUCCAACAUGGGGAUCAGAAAACCCAACUGAUGCAAAUGAAAAUGUAUCACCCUCCAUCAAAUCGUCACCAGAGGAGCCUUUGCCCAGCGUCACAAAAGGUGUAAAUGGAUCAGCCCAGGCAACAGGGAGUGGGAAAUACUGCCGCCUCUGUGAUAUCCAGUUUAACAAUCUCUCAAACUUUAUAACUCACAAGAAGUUCUAUUGCUCGUCACACGCAGCAGAACACGUCAAAUGACAUUUUAGUCUUCUUUUUUUGUUACAUGGUGUGUGUGGAAUAGUGCAUCAUGCAGUUUUAUAGGCUGCUUGUGGACAAUCAAACUCAUUUUAAGAUUUAAUACAAUUCAUUGGUAAAAAUCAAAUGUAAUACUAGUGCCACUUUCACAUCCAUUUAUUUAUUUUACAAUCAGUGUUAAUAGCAGUAGUAAUAUUAAUUUAAAUGAAAAACUUUAUAUCAGAAGUUGUUUGUAAUGUUAUGGUAUAGUCAUUAUUGUCUAGCACACAUUGUUUACACUGUAAGGUAGAUUCAAUGAUACAAUGAAACAAGAAAUGCAUUUUUUAGGCAAAAUAGCUACAAACGCAGUUGUGUAUUUCUAUCUUAUUUGCUGUUGCAGUUUUUGUAUAUGCAUAAAUAUAAUUUGCAGCUGUAAUUCAAUGUCAUUUUGCCUUAAACCACUGUUUUGGGACUAUCCAGGCACAAUCCUGCAUCUUAUAUUUGAGCAUAUACUGGUCACUGGGCUUUGCAUAUGUAUGUGGCAGUUUGUCCCUGUCUUUUUCUUAAACUCAGAAAUGUGUGUUUUAAUGAGGAUGGCAGCGUUCUUGUAUAGUACUUGUAUUUCCGUUUGCUGAUGCCCUUUGGUCUCACUUUUUAAAACUUAGCUGUCAAUGCAAUACUUUCUAAAAGAAAAAUGACAUUACUAAAAGCAGUAUUACAAAAGGACGGCAAGUCAGGUUUUUUUGUAUUACAUAAAACUGAAGCUACAAGAAUGAAGUAUCGAUAGUUGUUCCUGAACAAAAUGGGGAAAAAAACACUAUUGUAAUAGAUGAUCAUUCCAAUGUUCUAUUUAUGACAGAAAUUAUUUCUCAACAAUGUUGUUGCUAUGCAUGUAUAUGGAUGGAAUAAAAUUCCAGAACUGUUGGAAAUCUUUAUUUUGAUGUGUCAUAAUUAAACUUCAAUCCUCAGGAUAAUUAAACAUGUUUUGUUU